AUGGGAAAAACACUCUACGACAAGGUCUUCGAGGACCACAUCGUUUCCAAAGAAGACGAAAAGAACUAUAUCAUUUACAUUGACCGCCAUCUUGUUCACGAGGUCACUUCGCCCCAAGCUUUUGAGGGUCUGAAAAAUACCGGGCGCAAGGUGCGCCGAGUCGACUGCACUCUGGCUACCGUCGAUCACAAUAUUCCCACCACUUCCCGGCGCACAUUCAAGAACAGUGACACCUUUAUCAAAGAGGACGAUUCCAGAACCCAGGUUUUGACUCUCGAGGCUAAUGUGCGCGAUUUUGGUGUGCGGUUCUUUGGCAUGACCGACGCCCGUCAGGGCAUCGUCCACGUUGUUGGUCCCGAGCAGGGAUUCACACUGCCGGGAACCACCGUCGUUUGUGGCGACUCUCACACUUCUACACACGGUGCUUUUGGUGCCCUUGCUUUCGGUAUCGGUACGUCCGAGGUCGAGCACGUUCUUGCUACUCAGACUUUGAUGCAAACAAAAUCCAAAAAUAUGCGUGUCCAGGUAAACGGUAAGCUUCACGAGGGGAUCACCUCAAAGGAUCUUGUUUUGCACAUCAUCAGCGUUAUUGGUACUGCGGGCGGUACAGGCUGCGUUAUCGAGUUUGCUGGUGAGGCAAUCCGGGAGCUCUCAAUGGAAGCCCGCAUGUCCAUGUGCAACAUGUCUAUUGAGGGUGGUGCCCGUGCUGGUAUGAUUGCUCCUGACGACAUUACCUUUGAGUAUAUCAAGGGCCGUCCUCUUGCUCCCAAAGGUGCCGAAUGGGACAAGGCUGUUAGUUAUUGGAAGUCUUUGCACUCCGACCAGGAUGCUGUUUUCGACAUUGAUGUUCAGAUCAAGGCGGAGGAUAUUAUCCCUACUGUUACCUGGGGUACUUCUCCUCAGGAUGCUUUGCCUAUUACUGGGGCUGUGCCUGAUCCUGCUAAAGAGACUGAUGAGCACAAGCGUGCCAACAUUAAACGUGCCCUUGAAUAUAUGGGACUGGAGCCCAACGUCCCACUUGCUGAUAUCAAGGUUGACAAGGUCUUCAUUGGCUCCUGUACCAACUCCCGUAUUGAGGAUCUUCGCGCAGCUGCUGCCAUCGUGAAGGGCAACAAAAAGGCCGACAAUGUUAUUCGUGCCAUGGUAGUUCCUGGCUCUGGUCUCGUCAAACGCCAAGCUGAACGUGAGGGUCUUGAUAAGGUCUUUGAGGCUGCUGGUUUCGAAUGGCGUGAAGCUGGCUGCUCCAUGUGUCUUGGUAUGAAUCCUGAUAUUCUCUCUCCUCAUGAGCGCUGUGCCUCUACUUCUAACCGUAAUUUCGAAGGACGCCAGGGCCCUCAGGGCCGUACUCAUCUGAUGUCUCCUGCCAUGGCUGCCGCUGCAGGUAUCACUGGCCGUCUGACCGAUGUCCGUGAAUUUGGUGACCGCCUCAAGACCACCGCCGUUUCUCUUGAGUCCAAACCUACUUCCAGUGAUCCUGCUUCUUACCGUCUUGAAACUGAAGCUACUGCCGCGGAUAUUGAGAAGGAAGUUGAGGAGGGCGAAGAGGCCUCCAAAGGCGCCGAAGCCGCUGUAGAGGGUGCUGGUGGUAUUCCCAUCUUCAAGGUCGAGACUGGUGUUGCCGCGCCUCUUUCUAAGGCUAACAUUGAUACCGAUGCCAUCAUCCCCAAGCAGUUCCUUAAAACUAUCAAACGUACUGGUCUCUCCGUUGGUCUGUUCUAUGAGAUGCGCAAUGCUCCUGACGCCAACGGAAAGAUGCUGCCUACCGAUUUCUGUCUGAACGUUGAUCCCUGGAACAAGUCAAAGUUCCUGGUUGUCUCUGGUGACAACUUUGGCUGUGGAUCAUCUCGUGAGCAUGCUCCAUGGGCUCUUGCCGAUUUCGGUAUCCGUGCAGUCAUUGCUCCUUCAUUUGGUGACAUCUUCUACAACAACUCUCUUAAAAAUGGUCUUCUGCCCAUCGCUCUGCCUGCAGACACCAUCAUUGAGAAGCUUUCGCCAAUUGCUGAGGCUGGUGGCUCUUUCAGCAUUGACUUGCAGAAUCAGCGUAUCGUCGAUCUUGAUGGCAAAGUCCUGGUCGACCACUUUGAUAUCGAUCCUUUCCGCAAGGACUGUCUGAUUAAUGGCCUUGAUGAUAUUGGACUCACUAUGAAGAAAGAGAAGGAGAUUGCAGCAUAUGAAAAGACUCGUAGCGUCAAGUUCUCGUUCCUCGAGUCCGAAGCUGACCAGCUUAUCCCCGUCAAACGUGCUGCCGUCAUGGUAGGAGGUGCCGACUGGUAA